AUGGGUGGGUGGGUGUAUCAGAACUGCCGCAUGCUGAGUCACGAGGGGCAGUUGCUUUGCUUCUGUGACUCCCGGAAGCUGAGGUGGUACUUGAAUAAAGGGCUGGCAGUGCAGGUGUGUGAGGACCCCCCCACCAUCCAGUUGCUGUUCGAGCACCAGAAUACCGACCAGAAACUGGGUGAGCAAUUGGGGGGUCACCGGGCCACGGGGCGGGAAGGCGUGAGAGAGGGUGAGGGAGGCACCGACGACUUCUAUACGCAAUCCAAGUCCAAUCGCUGUGUGGGUUGCGGCUGUAGCAGCCACUACCUGCGCUACCGGGUGCUCCCCGCCUGCUACCGCCGCCACAUGCCCUCCGCCCUCAAGAGCCACCGCUCACACGAUGUUGUGCUGCUGUGCAUCGACUGCCAUGAGCUGGCACAAAAGCCCCUGGCUAGGCAACACAGCGGACACAGAAGACUGCGAACCGAACUAAGCGAGAGCCGCAUGAGAGGCGCCACACUUCUGCCUUCUGUGAUUGCGCUAAACAUGUACCCGUUUGGUACCUGCUGA